GUAGUUCAAGCAUUGUGGCGCUUGCAUCGCGCUUAUGUUUUAUUGUGCACAUGGACUGCAUAUUUAUUCACUUUGUAAAAUAUAUUUUUUCACAAAUUCAUUAUAAAUGUAAUUGAAAAAUGGCUAGCAUCGAUUUUCUCGACAGCGUCGUAUCCUCGCUUAACAGUAUUCAAUCGCUGGAACAAGUGAAGAGUGGGAAAACUAAAGUUGAUAUAACAGACCUUACAAAACGUGUCUAUGAUUUUACGAAGGAGCAAUCUUCUAGAAAUACAAAUGCGUUACCAGAAUUAGUUACGGAAGGCUUUGAUGAAGAACAAAUUUGGCAACAAUUGGAACUACAGAAUCAAGAUGAAAUAAAGCAUUUCUCUAAUGAGAUCUCAAAAAUUUUAGUUAGUAAGAAAAAAUUAGUAAUUCCAGUAAGUUCUUUGAAACCUGAACUUGUGGAGAUUGAAAAUGAUAAUUUUGAGCAAGAGAACGAAGGCAUAUCCGAUGACAAAGAAUCAGAGGAUGAAAGUAAAGAAAUCAAAAACAAUUUAAGAAAAAGAAAACGUGAUGAAAUGAAGAAGAAAAAAUCCUCUAUUGUAGAUGACAAAUUCUUCAAGUUGCAAGAACUGGACGAGUACUUGAUUAAAGAAGAGAAAAAAGAAAAACAGGAUGAAAAUGAUACUGAAUCUGAUGAUGAAUCGGUAGAUCUCUUUAACGACAUUUCCGAAGAAGAAAAUGAAGAUAAUACUGAAGGAAAAUAUAUAAAAUAUGCGGACUUUUUCGACAAUCCUGAGAGCGAAAAUGAGCAACAAUUUAAAGAAAAACAUUCAGAUUAUAACGACAUUAAUGAUUCUGAGGAGGAAAAAUCAGAGAGCGAAGAUGAAGAAAUGGACGCAAUGGAUGAUGAAGAGGAUGAAAAUGAACAAAAUAUUAAAAGAGUGAGAUUCAAUCUUACUAACGACUCAGACGAGACGGAUAGUUUAGAAAAUAAAACAAAUCAUAGCAAGGAAAUUAACACAAAGGAUGAAGAAAUGGAAAGAAAUAUGGACCCAUCAUCUACUUUAGAAGCUCGUAAGGAGAGAUUGUUGAUGAGGAUUAAAGAGCUAGAAGAGAAAUCAAUCAGUGAGAAGCCCUGGCAAUUCAAGGGAGAAGUGGGUAGUUCAACUCGACCGCAGAAUUCUGUACUGGAAGAAUUUUUAGAAGUCGAUGUAAAUACAAAGCCACCUCCUGCGAUUACUGAAGAAACUACUCUCAAACUGGAAGACAUAAUCAAGCAACGGAUCAAAGAUAAAACUUGGGACGAUGUCGAGAAGAAGUUCAAGCCAGUCGAAACUCCGUUGGAAUAUAAGAAACAGUUAGUAUUAGAUCAAGAAAAGAGCAAGGAGAGCUUGUCACAAAUUUAUGAGAAGGCAUACCUGCAGCAGAAGCAAGCAUUAGAUCCCGAGAAUAAUGAAAAGAAAGAGGAGGUGCCACAGUUGCACAAUGAAAUUCGACAAACGAUGCGUUCUCUAAUGUCGAAAUUGGAUGCGUUAUCUAAUUAUCAUUAUACUCCCAAAUUGGCUAAACCCGAAAUUAAAAUUAUUAGCAAUGUGCCUGCAAUUAGAAUGGAAGAAGUGGCACCAACCGCAACUAGUGAUGCUACUUUAUUAGCGCCUGAGGAAAUUAAAACUAAACCACGUGGGGAUAUUAUCGGCAAAUCAGAAAGAACGAAAACCGAUAUGAAACGUGAUAGAAGGCGAAAGAAAUUGAGGCAACGAACUAAACAGCAAGCAGUAGAAAAGAAAGAGAAACUAAAGGCACUAAAACCAGGAAUCUCUAAAAAAUAUGAAGAGAAAAAGGAAAGAGAUGCAUUGCUCAAGAAAGUAACUAAAGACAGAAAUAUUAGAAAAUUAGAUGAGACGACGCAUAAAGUCGCGAAAUCCUCAACUGCGUUCUUUACACAGUUGCAAAAUCAAGUCAAAAAUAAAAUUAAAAAGAAAGAUAAUUCGUCCAAGCGAAAAAAUAACAUAGAUUCAGCGGUAAAGUUAAAAUUGUAAAUUAUACAUUUUUCAAAAUUUGUUUAUACUUAGUAA